AUGCCUCCGAGGAGAAACAACACCAAGCCUCUUGAUGAAGUGUAUGAACGGGAGUUGGAGCAGCGACUUAUGGCGAGAGUGGAUCAACGGUUGGAUCAAGUGGUCGAUCAGUUGACUGACCGGAUGGCCUACUUGAUCAAUCAUAGGAGGCAGGGACCCAAUGAUGGGUAUGGUUCUGAAUUUAGUAACCCAUUUGGUGAUGGUUCGGCUUUCGAAGACGAACAGGAAGGGCGACCAAGGGAAUUUGAUGGGACUAGUUUGAAUCCGGAGGGGUUCAUCGAUACGUUGGCUACCGUGGAGGAAGUUUUUGAGUACAAAGUGGUGCCUGAAAAUAAGCGGGUGGCUUUGAUCACUACCAGGUUGCGUGGUAGGGCCUCUGCGUGGUGGCAACAAUUGAAGUUAACACAAAACAGGCUCGGAAAGUCAAGGAUCGUGACAUGGACCAAGAUGAGGAAGUGCUUGCGGUCCAACUUUUUGCCUCAUAACUUUCAAAGGUUGAUGUACCAACGUCUGCAGAAUUUAAAACAGGGGGCUAAAUCUAUAGAUGAUCAUACAACGGAGUUUUACCAGUUGAUUGCUAGGAAUGAUAUUCAAGACCCCGAGGAGCAACUUGUUUCUCGGUAUAUUGGGGGUCUGAGGGUUCAAAUCAUGGAGUCCGUGAAUCUUUUUGACCCGUUAACCAUUCUAGAGGCACACCAACGGGCAUUGGCCUUUGAGAAACAAAACCGUCGGGUGAACAGUUCAUUUACCCCUGCUGGAGGGAACGUUGGGUCGGGCAGUGGGGCACCUCGUGGCGGGCCUAGUCAGCCAAGGCUAGGGGUUAACAAUACCGGGCCUACUUCUAAGGGGGCUAGUAGUAGUGGCUCGAGAUGUUUCAAUUGUGGUGAAACAGGCCAUCGUCAAGCUGAGUGUAAAAGGGCUGGUAAGAGACACUUAUUUGCUGAGUCUGAAGAUGAUCAGUAUGAAGAUUUUGAGAAUAACCCAGUGUACGAUGAAGAAACUGAAUAUGAAGAAGAGGUUGUGACCGGUGAUGUUGGAGUAAACUUGGUGGUCAGACGCUCUUGCUAUACACCAAAACCAGAUGGGGAUGACUGGCUGAAGCAUAACAUCUUCCACUCAACAUGUACCAUUUUGGGAAAGGUUUGCACCUUUGUUAUUGAUUCGGGGAGUUGCGAUAAUCUAAUAUCUGAAAAGGCGGUCCAGAAGUUGGCUUUGAAGACAGAGAGUCACCCCAAGCCUUAUAAGCUUCAAUGGCUUAAAAAGGGAGGUGAAGUGACGGUAUCUAAAAGAGCCCUUGUUUCUAUUUCUAUUGGGUCCACAUACAAAGAUGACGUUGUGUGUGAUGUGGUUCCUAUGGACGCAUGUCACUUAUUGUUGGGUAGACCUUGGGAGUAUGAGCUUAAUAUAGAGCAUAAUGGGUGGUCCAAUACUAAUAGCUUCCUGUUUGGUGGUGUGAAGAUAACUCUUGUUCCUAGCAAGCCCAAGCAGUUAGCAAGAAAACAGUCGGGUACUUUGUUGACCAUUAGUCAGUUUCAAGAUGAGUUGGAGGAAGCAGACAAUGUUUUCAUUUUAAUAGGGAAGACAGUGCCCGAGGAAGUCGAAAUUCCUGAUGCUAUGGUUCCUUUGCUUGAAGAAUUUUCUGAUGUUUUCCCUGAUGAAUUGCCUGAUGGAUUGCCACCUUUGCGUGACAUCCAACAUCAUAUUGAUUUGGAGCCUGGGUCACAGUUACCCAAUAGACCACAUUACAGGAUGAGCCCAGGUGAGCAUGAAGAGUUGCGAAGGCAGGUUGAGGAAUUGAUUUCUAAGGGCCACGUUCGUGAAAGUUUGAGCUCUUGUGCUGUUCCGGCUUUAUUGACUCCAAAGAAAGAUGGUACUUGGCGUAUGUAUGUUGACAGUCGAGCAAUCAACAAGAUUACUAUAAGGUACAAGUUUCCUAUUCCUCGACUUGAUGAUUUACUUGAUCAGAUUAGUGGUGCUACUAUUUUUACGAAGUUAGAUUUGAAGAGUGGGUAUUACCAGAUUUGUCUUAGACUGGGUGACGAGUGGAAAACUGCCUUCAAGACUCGUGAAGGGUUGUAUGAGUGGUUGGUGAUGCCAUUUGGUUUAUCAAACGUAGCUAGUACUUUUAUGCGUGUGAUGAAUCAGUUGCUUAGACCUUUUAUUGGGAAGUUCGUGGUUGUGUAUUUUGAUGACAUUCUUAUUUAUAGUGCUUCUUUCAGCGACCAUGUCGUGCAUGUGAGGCAGGUUGAUGAAUCCAAGGUGGCGGCUGUUCAAAAUUGGCCAACUCCUACUACCAUUACUGAAUUCUAUUAUGGCCCUAGUGCAGAUUGUAUGAAGGGGAAGACGUUUGUAUGGACAUAUGAGGCAGAGUUGGCUUUUCAAGUUGUGAAAGAGAAGCUCACUACAGGACCAAUUCUGGUAUUGCCUGAUUUUUCUCAAGUUUUUGAACUUCAUACUGAUGCCUCAAAGGUUGGAAUUGGCGGGGUUCUUAGUCAGGGUGGUCGACCUGUUGCUUAUUUUAGUGAGAAAUUAACUGGGCCUAAGUUGAGGGUUGCUGACGCCUUAAGCAGGAGGAGUAAUCUGCUUGUAUCCAUGAAGGUUGAUGUGCUGGGUCUGGAGGUCAUUCGUGAGCAGUUAGCCAUUGACCCUUAUUUCUCAGUUAUUUUGCAGGAUGUGGAAACUGGGAAAAAGUCAGACUUUCUUUUGCAUGAUGGUUUUCUGUUCAAGGGGAAUCAACUAUGUAUUCCCGACUCCAGUCUUUGCUUGCAGAUUAUUAAGCAUUUACAUGGUGAGGGGUAUGUUGGUCGCGAGUUUACAGCUGGUGCAAGCUUCUUAUUAUUGGCCUACUAUGAGGAAAGAGGUGGAUCGUUAUGUGAAGAGGUGCCGUAUUUGUCAGGUUUCAAAGGGCACGGCUACCAAUGCGGGUCUCUAUAUGCCUUUGCCAGUCCCCUCGCAGCCAUGGGUUGA